GGCACAACCAUGAACAUCAUUGUAGGUUCGCAUGUUUGGGUUGAAGAUCCGGCUCUCGCUUGGAUAGAUGGUGAGGUCUUGGAUAUCAGGGGAGAAGAUGCUGAAAUUCAAACAUCAGCAGGGAAGAUGGUCGUCGCCAACUUGUCGAAGCUGCAUGCAAAGGACAUGGACGUCCCUGAAGAUGGAGUCGACGACAUGACCAAGCUGUCUUACUUCCAUGAACCCGGAGUGCUGCAUAAUUUAGCCACUCGAUUCGCCUUAAACAAAGUCUAUACUUACACCGGAAACAUCCUCAUCGCCAUCAACCCUUUUCAAAGCCUCGAGGAAUUAUACAACACCGGUGUCAUGGAGAAGUACAAAGGCAUACUGCUAGGAGACAUGAGCCCGCACGUGUUUGCCAUUGCCGAUACUUCGUAUAGGGCGAUGAUCGAUGAGAGAAAGAACAUAUCAAUACUUGUGAGUGGCGAAAGCGGGGCUGGCAAGACUGAAACUACCAAGAUGAUCAUGCGUUAUCUUGCGUUUUUGGGAGGACAUACUUUCGUUGAAAGACGACGAACAGUCGAACAGCAAAUACUAGAAUCUAACCCCGUGCUCGAAGCUUUUGGCAAUGCAAAGACCGUCAGAAACAAUAAUUCCAGUCGAUUCGGGAAAUUUGUCGAAAUCCAAUUCGACAAUCGUGGAAGGAUAUCCGGGGCAGCAAUACGGACAUACCUCCUAGAGAGAUCUCGUGUUUGUCAAAUUUCGGAUCCAGAACGUAACUACCAUAGUUUUUAUCAUCUUUGCGCAGCUCCACAAGAGGAAAUCGAGAAGUACAAGCUGGGAAAUCCCGAGUCGUUUCACUAUCUCAACCAAUCCGAUUGCUAUCACUUGGAUGGCGUGAAUGAUGCAGAGGAGUACCUUGCCAUCAGGAGAGCUAUGAAUGUAGUGGGAAUAAGUGAGGAUGAACAGGAUUCGAUAUUCCGCGUCGUGGCCGCAAUUCUCCACCUCGGAAAUAUCAACUUUUCGAAGGGUGAAGAGACGGACUCCUCGGUCGUGAUGGACGAAAAGUCCAAAUUUCAUCUCGAGAUGACUGCCCAACUUCUAAAGUGCGAUAUUCAUGAAUUAGAAGAUGCUUUGUGCAAGCGUUUAAUGGUCACCCCUGAAGAAAUAAUCCAGAGAAGCCUGGAUCCCCUUGGUGCAGCAAUUAGCAGAGAUGGCUUAGCCAAAACAAUAUACUCACGCCUAUUUGAUUGGUUGGUUGACAAGAUAAAUAUCGCCAUCGGACAAGACCCCGAUUCGAAAUACCACAUAGGAGUUCUCGACAUUUAUGGGUUUGAAAGCUUCCAAUCUAAUAGCUUUGAGCAAUUUUGCAUAAAUUAUACAAAUGAAAAGUUACAACAACAUUUCAAUCAGCAUGUUUUCAAAAUGGAGCAAGAAGAGUACAAGAAUGAAGACAUAGAAUGGAACUAUGUGGAUUUUGUUGAUAAUCAAGACAUUUUGGAUCUAAUUGAGAAGAAACCGGGCGGAAUCAUCGCUUUGCUCGACGAAGCUUGCAUGUUUCCCAGAUCAACUAGCGAAACGUUCUCUGAAAAGCUUUACCAGUCAUUCAAGUUCCACAAGCAUUUCGUCAGGCCAAAAUUAACGCGUACGGACUUCACGAUUAUCCAUUACGCUGGAGAGGUUCAAUACCAAUCUGAUCAGUUUUUAGAUAAGAAUAAAGACUAUGUUGUUCCAGAACAUCAAGACUUACUGAGCACCUCCAGAUGCUCUUUUAUAGCGAGCCUUUUUCCUCCGCUUUCAGAGGACUUGGCAAAGUCAGCAAAAUUUUCAUCUCUUGGGUCUAGGUUCAAGCUACAACUCCAACAACUGAUGGAUACCCUAAAUUCUACAGAACCUCAUUAUAUCAGAUGCGUGAAGCCAAACAGCAAGCUAAGGCCUUUCGUUUUUGAGAAUAUGAGUGUGAUGCAGCAAUUACGUUCUGGUGGUGUUCUCGAAGCAAUCAGAAUCAAAUGCGCUGGAUACCCAACGCAUAAGACCUUUGCAGAAUUUAUAAAGCGCUUCGGUAUACUUGCACCAGACGUAUUAAAGCAAGAGUAUGAUGAUAGAGAUGCUUGUAUAAUGAUGCUUGAAAAAUUAGCUCUUCAAGGUUUCAAGAUUGGGAAGACGCAAGUUUUUUUAAGAGCUGGGCAAAUGGUUGAGCUUGAUUCAUUGCGAUUACGAGCGCUUAGUAGCUCUGCCAAGAUUAUUCAACGACAGAUGAAAACUAACAUUGCUCGCAGACAAUACAUCUCUUUACGAAAGUGCUCGAUCCACAUACAGUCCUUUUGGAGAGGAAAAUUGGCUGGCAAAUUGUAUGAACAUAUGAAAAGGGAAAAUGCAGCUACCAAAGUACAAACUGCAUAUCGUGGACACUCGACUAGAAAUGCAUAUACCAAGAUGAGAGUCAUGGCAAUUACCGUGCAAGCUGCUAUACGAGCAACGGUUGCAUGUAAUGAAUUCAAACAUAGAAAACACACCAAAGCAGCAACGACAAUUCAGCUGAGAUAUCGGAUGAGAAGAGAAACAAAUGAAGAAGAAGAAGAAGAAAAUGAAAAAGAAAAGCUCGAGAAGCAAGUGGGGGAACUCACAUUAUCUUUGCAAAAGGAGAAAAUGGCUUGGACUAAAUUGGAAGAAGAAAAGGCCCAAGACAUAGAAAGAUUGCACCAUUCUUUAAACGCUAUGAGAGCAAAAGUUGAUGAAGCAACUGCUUUAUUGUAUAAUGAACGAGAAAUUGCUCAAACUAUAAUUCAAGAUGCUCGCCAACUGAUGACUCCCGUCAGAGAUUCUGUUCAAGAUGCUGAAAAAAUUCAGUCUCUCAACUCUAAAGUGGAAAAUCUUAAGGUCUUGCUGCGGAGAGAAAGAGAAAGAGCUGAUGAUUUUGAGAGGUUAUAUAUCAAGGCUCAAGAAUCAAGUGAGGAACAGAAUAAGAAGUUGUUAGAAACUCAAGGAAGAGUUGAUCAAUUACAAGAAUACUUGAAUAGGAUGAUGUCAAGUGUCUCAGACCAAGUCUCGGAGUUGAAAUCCUUCUUGUGCUCAUCAAGUUCGACUCACACUUCUGUAACUAGAGAUCAUCACGAUGAUGAUGCUAUUGAUCUUAUGGAGUCUUCAUCGACUGAUUCGGACUUCACUUUUCCAGCUCCUAUCUCGACUUCCGAUUCCUUCCGAUUCCCUGAUGGACUCCAAUUGAUGGUUCAAGAUAUAUCCACUGGCGAAGAUCUGGGGAAGAUCAGAGACAAGGGUAUAAACGUCCCUGUCCCUAGUAGUCAUCGAAUCUACGAGUUGGUCGUGACCUUCAUCUGGGUUGAUGAGGGCCUACUUGAGAGGGUACCUCAUCGAUUCAGGGCGUGGAUCCGUUAUGGACUCAAUGGAUAUAGAGUUAGUCCCCUCCAGGGCUUUGAGAUCUCCGUGGUGGUAGUCAACGCCGCUUUUGGCAAGGGCGCAGCUGACCCGCCUGGUGGUCUUGUGGUGGACCCGACGCCCCCGAAACCUAUGGAGUCCAAAAGAUUAGUGAAUGUGUUCAACUAG